GAGACGGAUGCAUCAAAGAAGAAUGGUGCAUCGGUGUAAGAAUUGACAGCUUCUGAUGUGAAUUCUGCGUGGGUGGAAUCGGUCCUUGAGCGUGUUGCUUGACUGGGUGUGCGAGGUCCAAAAUAUGGAGCUUGCAGCUGACGGUUCACGCUCAUGGACAAAGAUAAGAACCUUGGCGUGUCUCUUUCCCCUUCCUUUGUUACUAUGUCUUCCUUUGACAUUGUUGCAUUGUUUUGGCGUCUCCCAUUGAUGCAUGCUAUAUAUUGCUGAAGAGAUUCUCUCACACUAUCUAUCUCCGUCUGAGCCGAUGGGGAACUGUUUGUGGUGCUCCGCCUCGGGGAAGCGACUGAUGACGGCAGCCAGGGAUGGCGACGUAGGGGAAGCUCGGAUGCUGCUGGAGAUGAGACCAGGCCUGGCCAAAUACAGCACCUUCGGCGGCUUCAACUCGCCGUUGCACGUAGCUGCCUCCGGAGGCCAUUCUGAGAUUGCUAUGAUGUUGCUGGAGUAUGGAGCAGAUGUGAACUUCAGGAACAUCUAUGGACGGACUCCUUUGAUGGAAGCAUGCAACAAUGGCUACUGGGAGGUGGUGCAGACAUUGCUGCUGUAUAAAUGCAAUGUUUCAAGAGCAGAGUUCCUGAGUGGCUGGACGGCACUGCACUUUGCAGCUCAAGGUGGACACAUACCAUGCAUCAGGCUGCUGGCUGCAGACUUUGCACCUGCUGUUCCUGAUGCAGCGACCAAUUCUUCAGAGGAUGAAACACAGAGAAACCUCCCUAAUUCUUCCUAUGAUCAACACUCACUCUCUAGAUUUAUCAAGAAGACUGCCAAAUGUGGCAUAACAGCCCUGCAUUUGGCAGCAUUAAAUGGAAAUGUUGAUUGCGUUCAUCUACUGCUUGAUCUGCACGCUGAUGUCUCAGCCACGGCCCUCUCACAAAACACUUCAUCGGCAGCCUCUAUAGGAGCUGGAAGCACUCCUUUGCAUUAUGCAGCAUAUAGUGGAAACCUAAAGUGUUGCCAGGUUCUUCUUGCUAGAGGAGCCAGCAGAUCAGCAGUGAAUGGCCAUGGGUGGCUCCCAGUUGAUGUUGCUAGGAUAUAUGGAUGUAAUGAGCUUGUGCCAGUACUAAAACCUAAUUCUAAUCAGACGAUACCUGUCUUUCCUACAAGUUGUCUUUCCCUCCCUCUUAUAAGUAUUCUGAAAAUUGCAAGAGAGUAUGGAUUGCAUUCUUCAACUGCUCCUUCUGAUGAUAGUGAUCUCUGUGCUGUUUGUCUAGAGAACACCUGCGCUGUAGCCACCGAAGGUUGUGGUCAUGAAUUCUGCACGAGAUGCACGCUCUCUCUUUCCUCAACAUGCAGUAUGGCACCCGAGAUGUCUGCACCACCUGGUUCAAUUCCAUGCCCCCUCUGUCGAGAAGGAAUCGUGGCUUUCGUAAGGUUGCCUACUCUUCUUGUGAAGGAUCUCAGUCUCAAAGGCAAUAGCGACUCUCACAGCCUGAAUCCAACUGCAAUUGCCAUCAGAUCCGAGUUCUGUAAGAAACAGUCUGCAGUGGUUCCCUCAGAAGCCAUUGGUCCGAUCUCUUGUCCCCCACACAUUCCUCCCGCUAUUUCAUCCUGUUCGAGGCAUCAACAUCCUGGCAGAGCAGAGAAAACAAGCUGCUCGACGUCAGUUCACAACGGUAGCUUGUAGUUUCUCGAUCGUUUUGUAGCGCGUUGCAUCUGCUAUAGCCGAUCGCAUGGGUUCGUAACAGCGACACAAACAACAAGCAUUUCAUCAAGCAAGUUGUGCUCAUGUACUAGUGAUAAAAAUCUCAUUGCCCAUUCAACUAUUACACAUGCGCGCGCACAUGGAAUGUACAGUCUCUCAUCCUACUUAGAAUCCAAGGCAAUGGGAGGCUAAGGAGCCCUGGAUAUGCUCAAUCCCGGCCGCUGGCAAGCUCUUCGAUGGCCUCGACGAUGGCGUGGGCCGAGACGGCCUGUGGCGGCGGAGGGCGCGGGUGCUGGAGGCAGUCGAUGAGUCGUUCGACGAAAGUAUAGGCUGGCCGGAAACGAAGGACGACGAGGGCGAUUUGACCGAUGACUCCGCCGGUGAAUGUGAGUAUGGUGAGAGGUUCCAUUUUGGAGCAGAGACUAAGAUGGGAGGAGAUGUGUGAGAUGGAAGAAGCCUUGGCUUCAUGCAUUUAUAGUGUGCUCGAUGGCUAAGAGCUAUUUUAGGCGAAUUAUAAAAUAAAAAAGAACCAUUUUUUGUUCAACACAAAA